GAAUAAUUAAUAGAAAGAACAUACAGCCAUUGUCCCAUUGUUUUACUGUACAGUACUUGGUAUUUAUUCACAAAGACAGAGACACGGCGCGAUACCAUUCAAAAGCCAAGGCAGCAUCCAUACCGGUAGUUAUCGCCCCGACCUCCAAUCGCAAAAGAUACGACCUCUGUGCCGACGUCGGGGUGGGGCUCCGUGAGAUUUCGAGAGGCGCCAAGGGUUCAAUCUGUAUACCUUUUGUACAAAGUAAGACUGGUACAGCAGAAGUUACUGCACCGGACCAUGUUCGCGCCCACUUUCAACUCUCACACACGCCCCUUGGGUCGGGGCGGAUAUGCUAUGUGGAGGCCAUGAUAAGGAUCAAUAGAUAAAAAAAUAAAAAAAAGUUCCCCGGGGUUUGGGUCCGCCUGGGGAUCGCGCAGGGUGGCGGGACCAAUGCGAGCAGUCCCCUCAAUCGCGCGCGUUACUGAAUCGACAUUUUACUUCUUUACUUCUUUUCCUUGUUACCCUUGACGACUCUGAACAGGGAAUUGUUUAUAUUAACGGGUGCAAGCCCGCGAUUCCAAUCGGCUUCUUUCGGCGGCCAGGAGUUGCACAUACGGCCCCCCCUGAACCACCACAAUCAACUCUCCUGCCAGGAACUGGAUCAUACUCCGGCCCAUAUUCAAUAGCUGCUCCGCAGUUCCAGAACAAUGUCCGUCGAGGACCGGGCAGCGGCCGACGUGGAGGCGUCAGGCGCCAAGGAGCCGUACUCCUCGGACCAGGACAAGCGCGAUGCGAGCAUUGGGCCUGCGAUCACGGGCGACAUGACUCUAGAGGAGCUCGGCGUGGACGAGAAAGCUCUGGUUCGAAAGCUGGACAAGUACCUCCUCUGGUUGGUGAUGAGCUUGUACCUGUUUAGCUUUCUCGACAGAGUCAACAUUGGCAACGCCCGUCUCUACCACUUUGAAGAAGACCUCGGCCUGGUGGGCAACCAAUUCCAGAUCGCCGUCUCCAUUCUCUUUGUCACCUACAUCACCUUCGAAGUGCCCUCCAACCUGGUCAUCCAAAAGUUCACGCCGCGCUACUUUAUCGCAUUCAUCACCAUCGGCUGGGGCAUCGUCGCGACCCUGACAGGACUCGUUCAGAAUUACGGAGGCUUGAUCGCAUGUCGUCUCAUCCUCGGCGCACUCGAGGCUGGCCUGUUCCCUGGCAUGAACAUCUUCCUAACCUUGUUCUACACCAAACACGAGCUGGCCAUGAGGGUGGGCUACCUGUUUGUGAGUGCUGCCAUCGCUGGCGCACUGGGAGGACUGUUGGCGUUUGGCAUUGGGCACAUGGAUGGCAUCGCGGGCAUGCACGGCUGGCGGUGGAUCAUGAUCGUCGAAGGCAUCCCGACCAUCAUCCUCGGAAUAUGCGUUUUCUUCUUCCUCCCCAAUAACGCCGAAACCGCCUACUUCCUGACCGAGAACGAGAAAAAGGCAAUGGUGAUCCGCCGCGCCCGGCAAUACGGCCACACGACGUCUGCGCAACAGUUCAGCAAGAAGGACAUGAACAAGGCCUUUGCCGACUGGAAGGUCUGGUUGUUCUCGGCGGGUCAGUUCGGCGCCGACACGUGCCUGUACGGCUUCUCCACCUUCCUGCCCACCAUCAUCCGCGGCAUCGGGACCUGGAGCAACGCGGAGGUGCAGCUGCUCACCAUCCCGUGCUACUUCCUCGGUGCCGUGUCGUACAUGACCACGGCGUACUGGUCCGACCGCACGCAGAAGAGGGGCGUCUUCUGUGUCGGCUUCGCCCUGACCACCUGCGUCGGUUAUGCCAUUCUCAUCUCGCCGCUGCCCUCGGGCGCGCACUACUUUGGUUGCUUCCUUGUCGCCACGGGAUUGUACGUCCUCGUCGGCCUGCCGCUGGCCUGGCUGCCUAGCAACAGUCCCCGGUACGGGAAACGGACCACGGCCAAUGGGCUGCAGUUGACGAUCGGAAACUCGAGUGGAAUCAUGGCGCCGUUCAUAUACGAGACGGCGGAUGCCCCGCGGUACAUUCGCGGACACGCAACGACCUUGGCCAUGGUAGCCAUGGCGGGCACCAUUUACGGCACCAUGUCGUGGUGGCUCGCCCGAGAGAACAGGCUUCGAGAUGAGGGCAAGAUCAAGCCCGAGCACCAGGGCCUGACCGAGGAUGAAAUGGCCGAGCUCGGCGACGAGAGUCCCAGGUUCAGGUAUGCGAUUUGAGACGGCGGGGGCUUUUUGGGGGGAGGAUGACUACCUAGACAUGAGGGAUUGCGCGGCCUUGGGGUUUUAGAUAUCAUGAUCUUUUUUUGGUGUAAUGUUUUGAGUUUAAGAUACAAGAUCUGUUUCUGCUGUCACGAGGGCCUGCGCAGGUACAUGUCCGAGACGGUUGUAUAAUUGAGGCUGCGGACCGUAGUUCCGCGAAUUAUUGUUUGUAGGUCACAAGUUAAUGGAUGAGCAGGCGAUUAGGCUGUUGGAGAUUUGGGUUUAGAGUUGGGGGGGAAAACAGCCCCGAGAGUGAUAGCAACAAGGAACUGCGUGCGGUUGGAUGCAUCAGGUGAGCAUUCCGCUCGUAAAU